CAUUGUGAAUUGUUAUGGUCGUUGUCCSCUAAAAAAUAAUAUCAUAAUUUAUAAUKUAAACGAGUUGGACUGCAGCAGCUGCUGACCACCACCAAAUACUUGUUUACCACCAUUGACGACUGCCACCUGCCCGAUCAAUUCGUAGCCCGGAGGAGASAUUUUCCCGGAAAUUUGACGACGAGUGUUUAUGAUCUAAAGGUUGUUACGCAGAAUAAAAUUGUACUUAAUCACAAUAAUUGUGCACUGUAAUCGUGAACGACCUUAGGACGACGGCGCAGUGGUCUUGAUAAGAAGAACAUUUCUCCUGUGUUUAUUAUUUUUACAUUAUUGUGUGUUUAAUAACUUAUAAAUGUUUUUGUUUUCAUGUUCGUUUUUCACCGUAAUAUUAUGUUCACUCUCACAAUAUCGUAAUUAUUUUUAAUUAUCAUUUAUUAUAAUCGAUGGACAGGACGACAACGAUUAUCAAGCGCAAACAACAAAUUAAAACGUACAAUUAGUAAAACAACAAUUUUGAUUAAAACCUUAGCGUUAAGCUACAACCGCGUUCCAAGGAUCAAAAGUCUAACUAGUAACGACAAGCAAAUAAUAUCCAUCCCAUUUGACGGUAGACAACAGUGCCCAUUGUGUACGGUUAUGGGUAACACUAGUGGCAGUCAGCGUCACAAGUCGGCAGGUCUGAUCGUUCCGUCCUCGCCGACAAAGGAGGUGCAAAGUCAAGCAUUUGUGUUUGAUAAAACUUCAGAUUCCAAUGCGUUACACGAGCCUAACGCGAGUUCAACUAAACCUAAUGACGAUGAAUUCACUGACGGCAUGCCGCAUUCAUUGUCAGAAAGCGACACAGAAAACAAAAUGUUACCGACCGUGUUCAGAUGGGAAGGUGGUGGCAAACAAGUAUUCAUUAGUGGCACCUUCUCUGAAUGGAAACCCAUACCAAUGGUUCAAAGUCACAAUGAUUUUGUAACUAUAAUUGACUUACCAGAAGGUGAACACCAUUAUAAAUUUUGUGUUGAUGGCAAUUGGCAAUGUGAUAAUAAAGUUAGCAUGAUUGAAGGUGAUCCAGGCAUAACAAAUAACAAAGUAGUAGUAAGGAAAACAGACUUUGAAGUUUUCCAAGCACUAGAUGUUGAUUCAAUUGACGAAACUAGCAUUGAAAAAAGUGGGUUUUCUCAAGAUAUUCCUCCAUCAGUUCCGUGGCAGAAAGUUUCUGGUCCACCAAUUUUACCACCACAUCUUCUGCAAGUGAUACUGAACAAAGACACUUCAGUUUCGUGUGAACCAACACUUCUUCCAGAACCAAACCAUGUGAUGCUCAACCAUUUGUAUGCUCUUUCAAUUAAGGAUGGAGUCAUGGUGUUGAGUGCAACACACAGAUAUCGUAAAAAAUAUGUUACUACUCUACUGUAUAAACCAAUCUGAACAUGAUGAAUUGGAUAAUCUCCUCUUGUUUUACUUGGAACAGUUGGAAUAUGCAAUGUUGCCAUCCCUUGAUUUACAAGUAAGUAAAUGUCUUCUUUUGUUGUUUUUUUAUUUUCUUAAAACAAAUGAUACUUAAGUUUUAAGUAUAAGGGUAAAAUAAGUCUGAGCAGAAGUGAUUAACCACUUGG